UUGGGCUCUGUUGAUUCUUAGAACUGGGGUUCUUAGAAGUGGUGAUGCAAGGAGUUUCUAGGAAAGCCCGGAGACCAGGUUUGAAAGAAACUUUUGGACUGUGAAUUGAGGCAUUGGACUCAAGAUGGCCUCGCCAGCAGACAGCUGCAUCCAGUUCACCCGCCAUGCAAGUGAUGUCCUCCUUAAUCUCAACCGCCUUAGGAGCCGGGAUAUCCUGACUGAUGUCGUCAUCAUCGUGAACCGGGAGCAGUUCAGAGCCCACAAAACAGUCCUGAUGGCCUGCAGUGGCCUCUUCUACAGCAUCUUCACUGACCAGCUCAAGUGCAACUUGAAUGUCAUCAACCUGGACCCUGAAAUCAACCCAGAGGGGUUUUGCAUCCUCUUGGACUUCAUGUAUACAUCCCGCUUGAACUUGAGGGAGAACAAUAUAAUGGCCGUGAUGGCCACAGCACUGUACCUGCAGAUGGAGCACGUGGUUGAUACCUGCCGAAGGUUUGUCAAGUCUAGUGAAGCAGAGAUGGUGUCUGCUGUGAAGACCCCAAGGGAAGAAUUUUUGGCUGGACGGAUGCUGAGCCACCCGGAUGUGAUGGCUUAUCGGAGCAGAGAUGUCUCAGAGAACGGCAUGCCUCUCCAAAACGGGUCCCUAUGCAAUGGGAGGGCUUUUGCACCUGGCUUGAUCAAUAGUUUGUCUGGAUCCCCCAUUUCCUACCAUGGAUACAGCCCUCUCCCUCUCAACAGCUUCCUUGUGGACGACGAGUUGCGGGAGAUGAGGAUGCCUCUCUCCGAACUCUCAAGGGCAGGUGCCUUCCCCAAGGAGAGGAUUCUGCCAUGUGACAGCUCCAGGACAAUCCCCACCGAGUACAUGAGAACCAUUACUGACAUCUCGGCCAACAUGUGCCAUGCUACCAUCUAUGCUCCAAAAGAAGGUGCUGCUGAAGAAGCCAGGAGUGACAUGCACUACAGCGCAGCCUCUGGCCCCAAACCUGUUGUCCCUUCGAUCCGGAACAAUCCCUAUUUCUCUUGUGACAAAGUGGCCAAAGAGGAGGAACGGACCUCUUCAGAGGAUGAGAUCAGCCAGCACUUUGAGCCCACCACCACCCCCCUGGACCGCAAGGGACUUAUCAGCCCCCAGAGCCCCCAGAAGUCAGACUGUCAGCCUAACUCGCCAACCGAGUCCAGCAGCAGCAAGAACGCCCGUAUCAGCCAGAGCUCCACCUCCCUCUUCACCAAGAGCCCCACAGAUGCCAAAGCCUGCAACUGGAAGAAGUAUAAGUUCAUUGUCCUCAACUCUCUCAAUCAGAGCACCAAGCAAGACAGUGCUGAACAGAAUGAGAUGGGAACCCUCUCUCCUCGCACUUACAUGCCCAUGUCCACUUGCCAGCAGUCCAUGGAGCCAGAGCAUCUCAACGUGCAAUCCCCCACCAAGAUGAGCGUUAAUGGAGAAGACUCUACUAUCCCACAAGCAAGCAGACUCAACAAUAUCGUUAACAGGUCCCGGGAUGGGUCCCCUCGGAGCAGCGAAGGGCAGUCCCCGCUGUACAUGCAUUCGUCGAAGUGCAGCUCCUGUGGCUGCCAGUCCCCACAACAUGCUGAGAUGUGCCUUCAUACCCCUGGCUCAAACUUUGGAGAGGAGAUGGGGGAAACCCAGUCUGAAUACUCUGACUCCAGCUGCGAGAAUGGAGCCUUCUUCUGCAAUGAGUGUGACUGCCGGUUCUCUGAGGAAGCCUCUCUCAAGAGACACUCUCUGCAAGUCCACAGUGACAAGCCCUACAAGUGUGACCGCUGCCAGGCCUCCUUCCGCUACAAGGGGAACCUUGCCAGCCACAAAACUGUCCACACAGGAGAAAAGCCGUAUCGCUGCAACAUCUGCGGGGCGCAGUUCAACCGGCCGGCCAACCUGAAAACUCACACGCGCAUCCACUCCGGAGAGAAACCCUACAAGUGCGAGACCUGCGGGGCCAGAUUCGUUCAGGUGGCCCACCUCCGUGCUCACGUGCUCAUUCACACCGGGGAGAAGCCGUACCCCUGUGAGAUCUGUGGCACACGCUUCCGGCACCUGCAGACCCUCAAAAGUCACCUUCGAAUCCACACGGGAGAGAAACCUUAUCAUUGUGAGAAGUGCAACCUGCAUUUCCGCCACAAAAGCCAGCUGCGGCUUCACCUCCGGCAGAAGCACGGGGCCAUCACCAACACCAAGGUGCAGUAUCGCAUCUCGGCCAGCGAGGUGCCUCCAGAGCUCCCCAAAGCCUGCUGAAGGCAAGAAGAUUUCCAAGGAGGAGGUCGUCUUGGGGCUGGGGGGUUGGAGGGGUGGGGGGAGGAGCUGUCCAAAGGAUACUUGCAACACUUUACAAGGAAAAAACAGAACAAAAACAACAACAACAACAAAAAAAAAGAAAAAAGAAAAAUGAAAAAAAUUAAUCACAUGAUGGAGUGCCUCUAAACCCAUAGUGCAGAUAGGUGGAAAAAACAUGAGAAAUUUAAAUAAAAAUAAAUUAAAAAAAAUUACAAAUACACGGGUUUUAUUUUUCCCAGUUAUGUGAAACAAAAAAAGAAAGAAAAAUAUUCAGAUCUUACUGUAUAUAAAACAUUAAAAAAAUUAAAAAUAGUCAUUUUAAAUGUCUGUGCAGUGGAGUGUUGAUAAACUCUGGAGUCUAAACCUUCACAGCCUUUGCCGUUUGAAGAUGAGGAAUGUAAUGUUGAUUUAUGGGAACAGAUUUUUUUCUUUUGUAUGCAAAAUGUGUGUUCUUUUAAAGAGAAAGUAUGCUAUUAAAGAGAGGGCUUUAACUUUUUUAACCAAAGGUGAAGGAAUCUAUGGCAGAGUUGUAAAUAUAUAUAGAUAUAAAUAUAUAAAUAUAUAUAUAAAAUAAAUAUAUAUAGACCUUUAAAAAAAGCUAUAUUAAAAAUAUAUAAAAUGCAUUAAAGGCUCAGUUGGACUCUGCAGGCAGAAGCCACUCUGAGAAUCUUUAUUAUGAUAGAGCACUUAACAAGAUAUUUUAAAGUAUUGCAUCUGUACAAGUAAGAAAAUAUUUUGUCUAAAUGCAUCAGUGUAUUUGUAUUUUUUUGCAAGUGAAGGUUUACAAUUUACAAAAAAGUGUGUAUUAAACCAACAAAGCUGCAGAAGGAAUUUAAAAUAAUAAUAAAGUGUAAUUUUUUUUUGUUCUAGUUCUCAGUCUGUAUAUAUGUAAAAUGUGGUUUCGCACGGUGCCUUUCUUUUCAAUGGAAGUUUUUGAUGUAUGGACUAUAUUGAGCUCAGUUUCUUCAAGGUACAGCCUGUUGUUGCAAAAGGAGUUUUGGUGGAACUCUAAUUGAGAAUGUUUUAAUUUUUUUUGUUUUGGUUUUUUUUUUGGUCUUAUUUUACAUGCUUGUGUUAUAAACAAUUUCGGGAGACAGGGUUUGGGCUGUGUCUAAACUGCAUUAAUGCAUUCUGUAAAAUAUAGCUGUACAAAUAAAAGAAUAAAAUGGAGAAAAGUGAAGUA